AUGGCAUCCCAACACCCCUACGGAGGAUGGAGGAAUUGGCAGUUUUACCCUUUUUAUACAAAAUUGAGAAACAUUGUUCUGCAUGAAGUAAGGUCUGCUUUUCUGUUUGUAUUUCAGGGAACAGCAUGGAUUGGGGUGGUUGAUGAUGGUGGUGAAGUAGCUACCACCUACAAUGUCACAGCUGGCCAGGUGAUCUUCUUCCCUAAAAAUACACUACACUGGAUAAAAAAUGUGGGCAAUGAAGACUGCUUUUUCUUGCUCUUCUUCUCAACACAUGAUGAACUUCAGACUCUGGACAUUGAUGAUGUAUUCUUUUCUACGCCUGAAGAUAUUGCUUCCAGGUCACUUAAGCCUGAAGGUGGAAUUGAUUUCAUUAGAAAAUUCCAUAAACAAGCAGAAGAUCAAGGAGUCAAUCUUCCUCCCAACUUGGCAGAACUGGUUACAAAUGUUAGUUAUGGACAAUCUCCUGAUAGCCUUGUAUGGAGAUACUUUUUUGACCUUAAAGGUUCAAAAGAAUAUCAAUUUCCAGGAGGAGUAAUACAACAGGCACAAUAUUGGAAGAAUGGAAGUGAAUUAAGUAACAAUGAAAAAAUUUUCAGUGAAUUUCUACAUCAGCAUCAAAAUGCCCUGGCCUUGAGUACACUCAGAAUUUAUAACAAUGGAUUACGACAGCCGCAUUUUCAUUUUAAUGCAAAUGAAAUGGGAUAUGUAUUAAGUGGAUGUGGGAAGGUAGGCAUUGUCAGUGCACAGAGUACAAUGGAGUUUAAUAUCCAUAUUGGAGAUGUGGUAUUUUUCCCUACUGGAGCCCAGCAUUAUAUUAAGAACACAUGUGAUGAGGAUUUGCUCUUUGUGCUCGCCUUCAGUACUGGAGAUCAGCUGCAAACUCUUGACAUGGAUGAUUAUCUCCAAGCCACUGCAGACCACAUCUUGGCUCAGCUUUUCUUCAGGAAGCAAAGUGAAUUUAAGAAGAUCCCCAAAUUCAAGGAAGACCAGGCAAUCAACCUGCCUUAGUUACUGAUGAGUUUAUAUCUAUUAUUCUUCAUUGCUUAUUGUGGUUAAAGAAGGACCACUGGCUAAUGGACUGGACGCUCUUAAAAAGAUAAUGGGACAUCAAGCACAGAGUAUCCCUGGGGCCUCUUAGUUGAUAGUGAUUACAGACAAUUCACACUCAGGGAACAUGUGUGGAGAAGAACUGACAAAUUUAUGUAUUUUUUUAUGGAUUGAGUAUUUUUAUAUUUGUAAAUUUGCUAUUUUUAUGUUGUUAUUUCACAUUUAUUCUAAAUAUAAA